AUGUUUGCUCAAGUAAUUGCUCCUUUAAUUGGAGCUUUAUUUAUUAGUUUAGCUUUUAUUAAUUUAUCAUCAAAUAUAAGUCCUUCUCUACAUUCAUUUAUGCAUGAACUUUUGAAACAAAUUCAAGAAAAUAUUCCUAUUAAAUAUCUAAGAGAAACAUCAUUAAAUCAUGUUAAAACAAUAUUUUCAAUUUGUCUUCUUAUUUGUGGAUUUGUUCUUCAUUUUUGUCAAGGAAUAAAACGUUUAAUUGUUUUAAUACCUUUAUCAAUAUUUUCAAUAUAUAUGAUAAAAUUAACAAUAAUUUAUGGUUUAGCAUUAUCAAGUGUUCCUAUUUAUAUAUUUUUAUUUGUUUCUAUAAUGAUUAUUCUUUUUAAUGAUUGUGCUCAAUUAGAUGAACUUGAAAUAUAA